AUGAGCUAUGGGUUUGGCAAAAUUUCUGAAGUUACUGCUUUUAGUGUAAGUGAUUUGACAGUAGAUAUUAAGACAAUAAGUAGUUUAAAUGAUAAUUUUUAUGAUCUAUUAAAAGUUUCGAAAUUUAUUAUGAAAGAUUGCAAUUUUGGUAUGAUUUAAAAAAAUUAAGGAUAAGAAAAAACUUAUUAAAAUUAGAAGUAUUCGAAUUUUUUGAAAUUUUAGAGUAAUGACGUUAAGAAUAUGUUCAAUUAUAAUUGCUCUAUUGAGAUAGAAAAUAUAAUUGCUAAUUUUAACAAUUUAAAUGUAAGGUUUCUUCUAAUAAAUAAUGAUAUGACUCAUCAAACAGUCAUUAAAAACUCUCAGUUUAGUCAUAUGAAAAGUUUAGACUCUGGUGGUUGCAUCAAAAAUUGGGGAUUUGGUAUUCUUCAAUUUACUAAUACAACAUUUGAUUCUUGCUAAAGUGAUAUGUUUGGCGGAGCUCUUUACACUGGUACCUUAAGCAUUACAGAUGAGAUAAAAAUAUCAAAUUGUAAAAGUAAAAUUGGUGGAGGAGCUUUUUUAGGGAAUAAAGCAUAUCAAUAAAUAGAUUAUGAUAAAAUUAAGUAUUUUAAUAACUCUGCUACUGUUUCUUCCUAGUAGUAUUUUAUAUGUACAUCUUAGCCAGAUGAUAGGAUGAUGUAUAAUUGUAAUUUAUUUGAAUUUGAUUCAAUUUAUGAAUUAAAUGCAGAAUUAGUUAAUACAGAAUAUCACUAAAAAAAAAUGGAAGAUUAAAUAUCCUAUGCAGACUUUCAUGUUGAAAUACAUAAUGCUUCAGUAUACAAAAAUCUAUUAUAUGUAAUAAGAUUCAGAGUAGAGUAUGAAUGUGCUGAAAAAAAUUUUAAGUAAAAAUGUGUUGUUAGAGAAUUUGAUGAAAAUUAAUCUAUUGGAAACCUUUAUAACUAUUUGAAGAAUGACACUAAAUAAUACUUUAUGAAUAAUGAUUUACCUGACGCAAAUUACCCUUACUUGUUAACUAGCUAUUCUCUUUAAUAUGACUGCAAAACAUCUUAUGGAUUCAUUGAUUUAUUUUAUUUCUUAUAUGAUCACACAUCAAAUUCAAGAAGGGUUUGUUUUCAUCCUAAUUCAAAAUGCGAAAAAGGAAUGGAGUAAAUAUUUAAUAUGAGGUAAAAUGAAAUGUAAUGCAAAUAUUGUGAUUCGGGUACUUAUAAUGAUUAAACCAAUAGCAAUUGCUAAGUAUGUGAUAAACAAACAUUUGAUAAGUGCUACGCUGAUGUUUCCUACCUAAAAUAAAACUUCUGGAGACCUUAAAAUUCUUAAUUUAAUGAUACAUACUCUUGUUAAUUAAAUUAGAAAAGUUGUAAUGGAGAUAGCAGAACAGGAUAUGGAAAUUAAUUGUGUUCUGAAGGUUACAUAGGAGCUUAGUGUUUAACAUGCGAUAUUAAAGGAGAGUUUUGGGAAGGGGAAUCAUAUGGAUAAUAAGGCUACUUCAAGUGUGUUAAAUGUAGCUCUGUUAAAAAUAACAAUCUUUAUAUUUAUUUAUCUGAUUGUUUAGCUCUUUUCAUGUUCUUUUUCACUAUUAUAAGUAGUUUUAAAAGAAUGAGAGCAUAGAUUUACCGAAAAUAUCUUUCUUUUUAUAUGAAAAAAAUCUACAUAGGAUAUAGCUUUGUAAGAUAAAAAUAAGCUUCAGUCUACAUGAAAAUACUUCUUUUUAAUUUCUAAAUGUAUCUUUUGACCUAUUACUUCGUAGAUUUCAAUUAGUAUGAUUCUUCUAUUCAUAGCAGCAUAUAUAAUUUUUUCAAUCCUUUACAAAGUUCAGAUGGUGUUUCAUAUGAUUGUUUUCUUAAAGAAUACUUUCCAAAUAGUGAAAGUUUAGGAUUUAUCAAGCUUUUGAUAUCAGUUUUCUGUCCACUUAUCUUAAACACUUUCAUUUUAUUAUUAGUUACAAUUUACAGUUAGAUAAGAAAAAAGAAUUAUUAUUUUUUACUGAUAAGCAGCUUUUUAUAUAGCAUAAUUUUCGUUUUUUAACCCUCCAUUAUUUAAUAUUCAAUUGAAUCGAUCACAUGUAUUCAACUCACUUCUAGAGAUAGCUAUCUAAUGAUUGACACUACAAUAAAUUGCAAUGAUUAGUCGUGGAGAAGCUUAAUGUAUGCUGUUAGUAUUCCAGCUCUGGUUAUUUACGUAUUUGCUAUACCUCUUAUAUUUUUUGGAUAUAUUUUCCAAAACAGGAAGCAGCUAGAAAAAAUACCUUAUUAUCAGCCUUGGUUUCUUUUGGAAAAACUCAUAUUGUAAUGUGCUGUUUAGUAUACUGUGGAGUGUUGA